CAGCCCUCGUCUCCUCCAGGCGCAUUAUGGCGGAGGGAGAGCGGUUUCCGAAUCACGGGAGAGAGAGGAUGCGAGGAAGUAUAGAAUUCGUGUAAUGAAAAGCACCCCUUGAGUAAAACCAUGGAUGUAUUAGAAGCAUGGAAGAGUUCUCCUUAAGAACCCAUCAGUAAAACACGGAAGGAAAGGAAAACGCAAGGGCUUAUGGGUAAACGUACCAGCUCGUUUAGCCAGCCAUGUUACCGUUAUUUUCUGCUCGGUUUUACCUUUAAAUGCGGUGUUUCAGUGGUUUACGAUUGAGCUACACUGUAAUAAAGCUGGCCCCAUGACCAGAUAUCACCGAAUGUGUCAACAUUAGUUUUUUUAAAGAAAAAAGUCUGACUUCGGAAGUGAAAUCCCAUAGCACGAAACUACACGACCCAUAAUGCAUUUCUCUGUACAGGGGUCAAGUCAAAAUUUAAACGGCUAAUGCAGUGGACUUGUGUUUAACAGUCGUGAUAACAAUUUAGUAGUCUUGAAUAUGUCGAUUUGUUGAUAUUUGUUGUCUUUUAAAGACUGUUAUGCAGUCACCGAAAUGUUAAGUGUGGAAUUUCAGUGGGGGCUGUUUAGUUUUCGCCAUGUCUUCGCCGGGUUUUGUCAGCACUGCUAAGCUAAGCUAACUCGUUGCUAACUGAGCUUCAGGAGUCGGAGGUCGUGUGAUGACUUCCAGACUGCACCUUUUCAAAACUCUUCUACACAGACAAAUUAACUCCGCAUAGUUUAUUACAGGGAUGGUAUAUUUGUUAUAUUAACCGAACAUAUAAAGUUUGAACAGUGCCAGUCUUCAAAGAGCUGAACAACUCCAGGUGAGGAGACCAUGACCCUCGCUCCGAAGGAACUAUCCAAUCUGCUGAGCAUCAUAUCGGAGGAGGCUUGCACCAACACCUUCGAGAGCCUCUCCACCCACUUCCAUCACUACUUCGGGAAAGCGGAGCACUUCAGGGUGGGCUCGGUGCUGGUCAUGCUUCUCCAGCAGCCAGACCUGCUGCCCAGCUCCCCGCAGCGGCUCACCGCCCUCUACCUGCUCUGGGAGAUGUACCGCACCGAGCCUCUGGCCGCCAACCCGUUCGCAGCCGUGUUCGCCCACUUGCUGAACCCCGCACCUGCCGGGGAGGAGCAGGAGAAGGUGCUGUCCGGAUUCCUGCCUCCCAUCACCCAGCCUGAGAAGUUCUUCCUGUCCCAGCUAAUGUUGGCUCCACCCAGGGAUCUCUUCAAGAAGACGCCCAGACAAGUGUCCUGUAUGGAUGUCGGCAACAUGCCCCAGUCCAUAGACAUCAGCGGGCUGCAGCUAGCCUUAGCAGAGCGUCAGUCAGAGCUGCCCACUCAGAGCAAGGCCAGCUUCCCCAGCAUCCUGAACGACCCAGAUCCAGACUCAUCCAACUCAGGAUUCGACAGCUCAGUGGCCAAUCAGAUUAUAGAGUCUCUGGUCACGGGCCCCCGCCCUCCACUGGAGAGUCACUUCCGCCCCGAGUUCAUCCGGCCGCCGCCUCCUCUCCACGUGUGCGAGGAUGAGCUGGCAUGGCUGAACCCCACUGAGCCAGAUCACAGCAUCCAGUGGGACCGCUCCAUGUGUGUUAAGAACAGCACUGGCGUGGAGAUCAAACGCAUCAUGUCCAAGGCCUUCAAGAGUCCGCUGUCUGCCCAGCAGCAGUCACAGCUGCUGGCUGAGCUGGAGAAGGACCCAAAGCUGGUUUAUCACAUCGGCCUCUCCCCGGCGAAGCUGCCUGACCUGGUGGAGAACAACCCUCUGGUGGCCAUCGAGAUGCUGCUGAAGCUGAUGCAGAGCAGCCAGAUCACAGAGUAUUUCUCUGUGCUGGUUAACAUGGACAUGUCACUGCACUCCAUGGAGGUCGUCAACAGGUUGACCACAGCUGUGGACUUGCCUCCAGAGUUCAUCCACCUCUACAUAUCCAACUGUAUCUCCACCUGUGAGCAAAUCAAAGACAAGUACAUGCAGAAUCGUCUGGUCCGUCUGGUCUGCGUCUUCCUCCAGUCACUAAUACGAAACAAAAUCAUUAACGUGCAGGAUCUCUUCAUCGAGGUUCAGGCCUUCUGCAUCGAGUUUAGCCGCAUCCGUGAGGCAGCCGGCCUCUUCCGCCUCCUCAAGACCCUGGACACUGGAGAAAACCCCACCGAGGCCAAACCUGCCAAAUAAUGAGCCCUCACAGAAACACUGCACAGACUGUAGAAGUGGCCUGAGUUGCUAAAACAAUGCCAACCUCCCAUAUUCACUUUAAAACAUGUUGAAGGGUCAUGGCUUGGUUUACCAGAAACAUUCUUCAUGUCUGUACACAUCACAGGAGCCAAAACUGAUGCAGCCGGCUCCAAUGAGAAUUAAUAUUGUAAAUAUGUAGUGAAUGUUUCUUCAGGCUCAAAAAUUCCUGUUUUUACUCGCUGUUCAGUCUGCAGUCCAGUUUUGCUUCUGAACUUUGUCAUUUCCCCUCUCUAUUUUCCAGAAAUAAAAAAAGAACACAAUUCAGCAUUUCAUUUUUUUACCAGUGCGCUCUCUCAACUUUGGAAAUGGAAGCUUGCAAGUUUUCUUUCAUUAAACAUAUUGUUAAACAAAA